CCUUGAUGGCGAAGCUCGACUUACGCAAUGCAUUUCGACUGGUCCCUGUUGCACCCACUGCAUACCAUUCGUUGGGUUUCCAGUGGCAGGGCCAAUUCUACUAUGACAAAGUACUGCCGUUCGGGCUGAGGUCCGCACUCUACUUGUUUAACUGCAUUGCGGACGCACUUUGCCAGGUAAGCUGUGAAUUGUUCCAGGUUCCCCACCCCCUGCACCUUCUGGACGACUUCUGGCUCUGUGGCCCUGAAAACUCAACGCUAUGUGCGCAGCGUCUGAACGUAGUCCUAUCCGUAUUCCGCUACCUGGGAGUUCCCAUUGCCGACGAAAAGACAGUCGGCUCAACCUCCUGUCUCACCUUCCUGGGCAUCGAACUGGACUCCGUCCAGAAAGUGGCUCGUCUCCCACAGGACAAGGUUGACGACAUCCGCUCCAGACUAUUGGCCUUUCGCCAACGCCAAUCCUGCCGUCUACGGGAGCUUGAGCAGCUGUUGGGCAAGCUGAACUUUGCCAGCCGCGUCAUCACGCCGGGCCGUACAUUCAUGCGCCGACUGUAUGAUGCCACGCGUAACGUUUACAAGCCCUACCACCGCAUCCGUCUCUCUCCAGAAUGUCAUCUGGACCUGCUUUGGUGGUCUCACCUACUCGAUGGCUGGAACGGCAAGUCAUUCUUCCUCGAUCUCCAGGAGACGCUGGCCAGCGACAUCCUGAUAGAAACUGACGCAUCUGGCGCCAUCGGGCAUGGCGCAGUUUACGGCACGCAUUGGUUCGCUGACACCUGGUCACCACAACACACUCCGCUCUGCAUUACGUUCAAGGAGCUGUAUCCCAUCUGCAUUGCAUGUGCUACGUGGGGCCACCAGUGGUGUCGCAAGCGUAUCCGCUUCCAUACCGACAAUGAAGCUGUCGCCGCUGUUCUCAAGUCUGGCACCAGUCGCUGCCCUAAUGUGAUGUCACUCCUACGGCAGCUCUUCUUCAUCUGCGCCAAGGGUAACUUCAUGGUCACCGCCCGUCACAUACCUGGAACUACCAACAUCCUUGCUGACGCUCUCUCCAGGCAAGAUUUCAAGCGAUUCCAUUCGUGCCACCCUACCGCCGCUCACAUGCCCACUCCCGUGCGUGCUCUUCCGUCCAUUCCUGGGGAGACUUCGGCCGUGCCUUGCACUGCCGAGUGACGGAAGUCCACAUGCAAACUGCCAUGAAAGCUGGCAGCACCGGUCCUGGGUAAGCGCUGAUCAGACAGACUGAGCCCAC